AUGACAAAAGACGCGGGAACUGCUCCAAAGAGCAAAGACCAGCGUGAAGUAGUCGCUCAGUACGUGAAAAAGGUGCGAGAGCACCGGGAUUUGGAGGCAAAGAUCAAGAAACUCCGAUCCGACAUGAGCGAGUUGACCGCCAAGGACGAAAAGUACGAGCAGGACCUCAAGGCUCUGCAGAGCAUCGGCCAAAUCGUCGGCCACGUGCUCCGACCAAUCGACGAUAACAAGUUCAUCGUCAAGGCCUCGAGCGGUCCCAGAUACGUUGUGUGUUGCAAGGUCAACAUCGACCCCUCGACCCUGACCUCGGGGUCCAGGGUGGCCCUGGACAUGACCACGCUGACCAUCAUGAAGAAGCUGCCCAGGGAGGUGGACCCGGUCGUCUUUAACAUGCUCAACGACGUGGAGCUCGUCGACGGCAAGGCCAGGAAGGAGGGGUACGAUUCCAUCGGAGGACUUCGAAAGCAAAUUAGGGAGAUGAGAGAGGUGAUUGAGCUCCCGCUGAGGAACCCCUUCCUCUUCCACAGGGUGGGAAUCAAGCCGCCAAAAGGCGUGCUGCUCUAUGGACCGCCCGGGACGGGAAAGACGCUGCUCGCCAGAGCCCUGGCGUCUGACAUUGACUGCAACUUUCUCAAAGUUGUCGCCUCUGCUGUUGUAGAUAAAUAUAUCGGUGAAUCUGCAAAGAUUAUUAGGGAAAUGUUUGGCUACGCAAAGGAACACCAGCCGUGUAUCAUAUUCAUGGACGAAAUCGACGCCAUUGGAGGAAGGAGGUUCUCCCAGGGCACGUCCGCAGAUCGAGAAAUCCAACGCACCCUCAUGGAGCUGCUAACACACCUGGACGGUUUUGACGAGCUCGGGCAGGUCAAAAUCAUCAUGGCGACAAACAGACCAGACGUGCUAGACCCAGCCCUCUUGCGCCCCGGACGUAUCGACCGAAAGAUUGAAAUCCCACUCCCCAACGAAGCCGCACGGGUGGAAAUCCUCAAGAUUCACUCGAAAAAGCUCACAAAACAGGGAGAUAUCGACUACGAGGCAGUUUGUCGCCUCUGCGACGGGUUCAACGGAGCAGAUUUGAGAAAUGUGUGCACAGAAGCCGGCAUUUGCGCAAUUAGAGCCAUGAGAGACUAUAUUAUAGAAGAAGACUUUUUUAAAGCAGCCAGGAAACUGACAGAGAAUAAAAAGCUGGAAGGGACGCUGGCAUAUGAAAAGUUGUAA